UCCCAUUUCCGACUAGUACUUGAACGCGGCAGUAAUCGGUUGUAACAGACCGGACUUUGUGAAGGUUGGGGGUAUUCAGUUGCUGUACCUCGAACAUAUACUGUACCUCUCAAGGAAACUGUAAAAACGUAGUUUACAAGAUGUAUACGUUUAUGUUACUUGUUUUUUAUUUCUCGACGGAAUGUAUUGUUCAGAGCCAAAGCGAGAUCUACUCGCUGAAUUACAUCUACACUGCCCUCUCAAAGCCAGUUGAAUUGCCUGGUAUCCAUGAGUUCACUGCCAUGGGCCUGAUGAAUAACAGACAGAUCGACUACUAUGACAGUGUGUCAAAGAAGAAGAUUCCCAAACAGGACUGGAUGAGGGAGAAGCUGCCAGCAGACUACUGGGAAAAAGGCACUCAGUCACGCAAGAGCAAGGAGCAGUGGUUCAAAGUCAACGUCAACAUCCUGAUGGACCGCAUGAGGCACAACAACACUGAUGUCCAUAUCCUUCAGUGGAGGCAUGGCUGUGAGAUUGACAAACAGUCAGACGGCACAUUGAAAUUCAUAAAGGGCACUGACCAAUACAGCUACGAUGGUGAUGACUUCCUGGCCUUUGAUUAUGCCAAUGAGACGUGGGUGGCUCCAGUCAAUCAAGCUGUGCUGACUAAGAUCAAGUGGGACGGGGUGCAGAUCCUCAACCAGUACACCAAGGGCUACCUGAAUAAAGAGUGUGUGGACUGGCUGUCCAAAUUCAUGGAAUAUGGGGGAAAAGAAUUCAGUAGCGCUGACUCCCCUCCAAAGAUCUAUGUAUUUGCUAAAAGAGCCAAAACUGCAGGAAAUGUCCGCCUGACCUGCAUGGCGACAGGUUUCUAUCCCAAAGAUGUGAUAAUUCAUUUUAAGAAGAAUGGGGUCCAACUGACUGAUAAAGAUGGAGUGCUGUCGACAGGAGCCCGACCCAAUAAUGAUGACACCUACCAGAUCAGGAUUAGUGUGCAGAUCCCAGAGGCAGACAAGCAAACUUAUGAAUGCUCUGUCAGCCAUACAACAUUGAAUGAGUCAAUUGUGAAAAAAUGGGAUGGAACAUGCCGUGAUUGUAGCCAAUCCACAGUUGCUAUCAUUGCUGUCAUCAUUGGUGGUGCUGCUGCCAUUGGCAUAAGUAUCAUGCUGUUUCUUUGGAGGAAAGGCAAAAUAUGUGCUGGUAAAUCAGGAGCUCUACCACCUCCUGGGAUCCAGGCCCCUCUAAAUGGCAAAUAUGAGGAUGGAAGUAGCAACUCAUCAGACUCUGGUCAAGGCAGCCAGAAGGCAAGGUCUUCAGACGGAGCCAGUGAGGAGGAAGUUAAGACGCCAAUGCUGCCUAAUGGAAUGACAAUGGAUGGCGCUAGCGGCACUUCCUCUGACUCAGGUCACGGCAGCCAGAAGGCAAGGUCUUCAGACGGAGCCAGUGAUGAGGAAGUUAAGAUGCCAAUGCUGCUUAAUGGAAGUGGCUAGAUGACUAUUGGUGGGCAAACUUCCUGACCGGACCAGUCAAUUCAUUUCAUAUUAUGGCUAUUGAUAACGCUUGUUAUUCAGUUACACUGCUCAAUUCUUAUAAGCUUGUGAUGGAAAUGAUAGUUACUUAUAGUUAUAGUUAGUAUGUGCUGAAAAGUGCUGCAUUUAAUAGUGUUUGCUGUUCUUCAGUAAGGUUCUGUACUUCCAAAUACACUCAAUAGUGGGUGGUUAGGUACCGGUCGGGUCGAUGUGUACAUUCCUCUUCAAUGAAUUUAUUCCGUCGUACAUUUAAUGUUUUACUGUUACACUGGAUGUUACUGUAUGGAGAUGAAAAGGCAUCUUUACAGCUUCUGUAUCAAUCUUAAGGGAUUGUAACUAGACCUGUACUAGAUCAGGGUUAUAUAGGCCUAGAAGUAUACUGCAUGUUGAUAUGUUUUCAUACCUCUGGUCCCUGCCCAAUCGGUGACAAACUCUUCUUUUAGAUGACAUUUCAAAAGAAUUAUAGACAAAUAUUUUAUAUUUUGAGUAACAAAACAUUUACUGUGUGUUUCAUGACAUUUUUUACCGUAUUGUAUAUCUUGUUUUAAGUUCCUGCAAAUAUAUUUUUUAAAAUAUGAUGUUUAAUAUUGUAGAGUAUUGUUAAUACUUUGGGUAUUUGCAAUAUAAUAUUUUAAGAUUGUUUAUUUCAACCUAGGGCCAUUUCAAAACCUUUCACUGGGUUGCUAAGCUAAGACAAAGCUACACUCUUGAAUUAAUAUGUAGUUUAAUUUCUGUUAAUGUCACAUUGUAAACAUUUUUUUAUUGAGGACACAAAUAAUCCCAACAUGCAGUCUUGAAGCGCAGAAUUUAAAUAGUUUCUCUUAUCCCAGAAACCUGGUCAGCGUUUUUUUUUAAUAGGGCCUCUUGUUUUAUUUCAAUAAUUUUGCAUGGCAUUGCUCUGUUACUAUGUACUGGCUAGUAUGUUACAUCACUUAUUACAUGCCCACGGAUGCACGCAGAAACACACACACACACGCACAAUGGUUAUAACCUGUACUGCUUUUGAAAUCUCCUGUAUGAUUUAUUUUUGUUUUUAAGACAAAAAAAUAAAAAAAUAAUGAUAAAAUACC